AUGACAGCCACUGAAGGCUCAAAAAUACGUUCGACGGUUCACAUCGAGGUCCGUCUGAAAUCUCGGGCAACGGCCAGAUUCGAAACGAUUCGUCAUCGAGUUCACGACUGGAUACAUACAUUCGACCGCAUCAACUUGUCUUCGACUCUUACUGGAUGGGGUGUCGUCCCAGAACUAGGGACAUCUGUGGAUCGGAUCGUUGUUUGCGAAUCGACAUCUGCGUCCCAAUCUCUUCCAAUAGACGAGUUGGCCUUACAAAUCCACGUUUACCAACCAUCGGACACCGAUUCCUUUGAGGAGUUUUCCAACAGCGCUGGCUCCAAGGAUGAUGAGGAUGAUACAAUGGCUGCAAGUGUCUGCGAAUUGCCUAACCUCAGCUGGGAGGGUCUCUGGGAUUCUUUGAUAUAUGCGGAUGAUAUCAAAAUGAAGCUUUUGGACUAUAUUCACGCCACUCUCAUCUUCAGUGAUGCUGAUGUCAACUCCAAUCUUGUUUCGUGGAAUCGCGUCGUUCUCUUGCAUGGACCACCUGGAACAGGAAAGACAUCAUUAUGUCGUGCACUUGCGCAGAAGCUCUCUAUCCGCUUAUCCCAUCGUUACACCAACGCCCGAUUGCUUGAGAUAAAUGCUCACUCUCUUUUUUCCAAAUGGUUUUCAGAAUCUGGCAAGCUCGUCCAGCGUCUUUUCACAAGUAUAACAGAACUUGCCGAAGAAGAAGAUGCAUUCCUUGUGGUCCUUAUAGAUGAAGUGGAAUCUUUAACCGCCGCAAGGGCCGGAGCAAUGGCGGGUACUGAGCCGUCAGAUGGCUUGCGGGUUGUGAACGCUCUUCUGACGCAAUUAGAUAAGCUGAAGCACAGAAAAAAUGUCCUUGUCAUGUCGACAAGUAAUCUUGUGAAGGCGAUUGACAGUGCAUUUGUGGAUCGAGCAGAUAUCAUUCAAUAUGUUGACCUUCCUUCUCGCGAAGCAAUAUAUGAGAUCCUCCGCUCGUCCCUGUGCGAAAUCGUGACCAAAGGACUCGUCGCUCCUGUUGUAAGACAUCUCCUGAAUGUUCCCACCCUACAAGCUGCACGGAUGUAUGAGCUAGCUGCUCCUGUUCAGUCUACGCCAUCCACUUCAGUACCUUUGGAUGCCCACGCAAAAUCAGGACACGUUGCUAUGAAGCUUCUUGCACUAGCGACUGAGUGUCGAAGUCAAGGCAUGUCAGGUCGAGCACUGCGCCGGCUUCCUGUGCUUGCUCUCGCAAGGUAUAUGGGACUUAGCGGCAUGUCUGGCCCUCCGCUAUCGACGUCUUCAAAAGGACAUGCUCAGACACAGCAACCAUGUGCAGAGGUCGAUCAAUGGCUGAAUGGCAUGGAACGAGUCGUUGCAGAACAAGCGAAGGAGAAGGAACGGUUGUCAUGA